UUUUUGAUCAAUUGUCACGUCAACUGUCACUCUUCCUUAUCGAAUGGUCCUCCUAUUUUUAGUGCCUGUCAAACGUUCGUUUGCGGUACCGAUAAAGAAUGUGUGGUGGACGAUUGCGGGGUUGGCACCAGAAGGAAUGGAAAAUCAAUGACUGGAAUGUCCGUUAUCAGAUAUGGAUGGUUCGCUUUGACAUAGAAGAAGUUCUUCUUCUUCUUCUUCUUCUUUUUUUUUUUUGUUUUUCUGUCUCCGUUGCUUGUCGAAGAUCAAAGUUUCUGAAUAUUCAUUCAAUGAAAGUCGAGGCGGAAAUUCCUUUUUCUUGCACAGCAAAAAAAUCGGAUGGUGGGAAGUCCGUCUCAAGUGGGUGGAUUGGUUGACUCAAGGGGUGGAAUAAUUGCAGCAGCACUCUGUACUGGGUACUAAAUCGGG